CAAGCAACCAGGACAGCCUUUGUCGUCACUCGCCGAUUUCUUUGUUAACCGGACCUCAUUCAUUUUCAUUUGUUUUACCGAGUAUUCCACAAACGAAUCCUGCUUCACCGUUACUUCGCGCUGACCCUGCUUCUUUCACCUUCUACUCUGCAGUGGCUUUGCCCACUUUGACACACUCCACCGCACUUCUAAAGGACGAACCCGUUUCGCGACAGUGGUAGAAGCCUUCUCCCCUCCAGCUCCGUCCAGCGCUCAGCACCACCUUCCGCCAAAGAGAGAAAAGAAGAAGAAAAUCAUCCACCGCCGUAUGGUUAAGCUUUGGCUUGCCCCACGAUCGCCCUCUGACAAAGUCCGACUUUGAGACCGUUAGCACCGUGGUUGAUUCCUGUCAGAAUACGGUUACGCCCCAAGUCGUCCUCCGACUAUUCAGCCCUCUGGCACGAGCCUCUUCGCCUGCCGCACGCAAAUCACCAUGGCGCCCUCCGGUCCCCGUGCCCAGCGCAACGCGCGCGGGUCCAGCUCUCUCAAUAAAACUCAAGGUCGCCCUUCCGGUAUAAAGAAGCGUGGAGCUGGCGGUCCUACGAAAACCGAUAGAGAUGGGGAUCUUGUCAUGGAUGCGCCCGCUGCUGGUGGUCCUGGUCGUGGCAACCGCCAGUCCAAUGCCAACAAAUCUGCCGCACCACCCACUGGCCCCCGACGCUCUGCUCGUUCGGCCCCAGCUGGUGGUCGCGCUCCAAGACCCACGAGCCGUGCGGCAGACAUGGUCAAGAAGAUUAUCGAGGGUGGCUCAGGCAACAUGUCUUCUCGCGUUGCCGCCGGAAUCGACACGUCUGGCAGGCAUACACGUUCCUCCCGCCCCAUUAAUGCUGCGCAUACCAUGACAUUACGAAUCGGAGGUCUGAAGAACAGCAAAGCCGCUAGUAACGACGACGGCGGGCUCCGAGAUCUGAUCAUUUUCCUCGAACGUAAAGCUUCCACCGUCGGCAAAACAAAUCGCCCUGUCCACAUUAAGAAGUCAUCAAUAAGGGGUGACUUUGUCUACAUCACAGCAAGCAAGGAAGACGCGGAGGAAAUCAAGAAAGUAAACAAUUUUGACUUCGCUGGUACGCGGAUUUCCGUCGAAGAAACCACCGACGGAUCUGGUCCUCCACUAUCUGAGAAAUCUAAGGACGUCAAGGAGCAGUUGACAACGGUUCUUGGCCAACGAUACAACCAAGCAGCGAAGCUGCUCGACCUGUCAGAUUUGAGCCAGGAUGUCAUAUUACAGCAGAUGGAUAUGCUCAACCAGGCCAGCCCCGAAAAGCUAUUCCGUGCGCUCAUGGUUAUAGUGGAACAAAGUUUCAAAUCAGCCCAGGAAAGGCGCGAUGGUGUUGUCAGCAUUAGUCUGAAGGGCAAUAACAUCGACGAUGUAACUCAGAUUACAUCGCUUGCCGAUACCUUCCCAGAUCUGAUCAACCUGGACUUGUCAGGAAAUCAGUUCAAAGACACAAAGUCUUUGCGAAAGUGGAGCCACCGCUUCCGAAAACUCGAGACCCUGCUACUCAACGACAAUCCUAUCGCAUCCGAUCCAACCCAUGCCGCUGACAUAAUGAAGUGGUGGCCUCGACUACAGAACCUCAGCAACGUUCAGGUCAGAACCAAGGAGCAGGUGGAGGCCGCUGCACAAAUACCAAAAGUCUUUCCAAUCCCGCAAUUCGGCUCCGAUUUCCGCGAUGUCAACCGCAUAGGCGAAGCUUUCGUCAGCGAAUUCAUCGGCUUGUACGACACUGAUCGUCAAGGCCUGGCAAUGAAGUACUACGACGAGCAAAGCGUCUUCUCGUUUUCGGUUAUGACGACACAGUCGUACAUUCCUGGGUCCGUGUCGUUGCCCUGGACAAACUACAUUAAGAUGUCAAGGAAUCACCACAAGAUCACCACUCAGAAUGCCCGAUGGCAACGUCUGUUUGUUGGCACAGGCCUUGUGCAGAAUGCUUGGUCAAGACUACCCCCUACACGGCAUCCAAGUCUUAGUGCAGAGUUCGACAAGUAUAUCGUCGACUGCCAUCCUAUGAACGGCCUUGCCGAUCCGACUGGACAAAACUUGGGAGGCGUUGAAGGCAUGGUCAUUACACUGCAUGGACAAUUUGAAGACCAGGACCCGGAAACACAAAAAACCGCGACAAGGAGUUUUUCGCGCACCUUCGUGAUCGGACCUGGCUUUCCUGGCAGGAACGAGAUUCGAGUUGUCAGCGACCUGCUGCAACUGCGCGCACAUGCCCCCCUGCCUGCGCAGAGCGGAGUGCCCGAGGUUAUGCCAGCUCCAGUUCCGAACGCGAACCCCACACAAGAACAGAUAACGCUCGAGCUCUGCAAGCAGACCGGCAUGACUAUUGAGUACUCCAAGAUGUGCCUCGAUGUCGCCGGCUGGAAUUUCGAUGCGGCUUUGCUCACGUUCAACGAGAAGAAGGCUUCUCUUCCGCCUGAAGCCUUUGCUCAGGUCCCUAUGUGAACAAGAUAUCCAGACGAUCACUUCCGACACUGGAGUUUUUGAAACGGUGCAUUGCGAGGAGUUUAUGACUGAUGGAGGCCUGAUUUUGAGAGAAGGGAUAAAAUUAACGGCCUGCGCACCAAAAGGGUUAUUAUGUCAGAUCGUGUAGUACAUAUAUAAUGGUGGAAGUUCAUUAGCAUUGUAGAUGAGGUCCGCGAUAUUGCCCCAAAAGACAUCUUGCAGGCAGAACGGUCCGAUGCUGAGCACAGAAAUUCAAACCCCGCUGCAUUGUCUUCAGGGAAAAUAAAAGCAUGGACUGACAGCACACGGACUCAACGGUUUAUCCGUUCGAAUUUCAGUGACUUUAUCAAGAAGUGAAGAAUGGCAACUGCUCUUAGGGUUAGCAAUCCUGCAGCAUUUCUCCAGCAAAACAAUUGAGUCGGG